AUGAAGAUGUUUAAAUCUCCUCAAACACUAAUACUUUCGGUUAUAGUUCUUUUCCUAGCUUUUGCAGUUCCUCUGAAAGCCCAAGACCAGCCACAAGACUACCUCGAUGAACACAACCGUGCUCGAACCCAAGUUGGUGUGCCUCCUAUGAAAUGGCAUGCGGGGGCGGAGCAAUACGCCUGGAACUAUGCUCAACAAAGAAAGGGAGACUGUAGUCUCACUCACUCCAACUCAAAUGGGCUUUACGGUGAAAACUUGGCAUGGAGCGGAGGUGCUUUGUCUGGAGCUGAGGCAGUGAAAUUGUGGGUCAACGAGAAGUCUGACUAUAUCUACGCUUCGAACACUUGUAGUGAUGGAAAACAAUGUGGUCAUUACACUCAAGUUGUGUGGCGAACCUCGGAGUGGGUUGGGUGUGCCAAAGUAAAGUGUGACAAUGGUGGAACCUUUGUGACUUGCAACUAUUAUCCACCUGGUAAUUAUAGGGGCCGUUGGCCUUACUAA